UUAAAUAUAAUCUUCAGUUAUUCGAUUUACGUGAAGAUGGAAACUUCAUUCCGAAAAACAUUCCGAUUGAAUUUGAAAACGCUGAGAAAACCGAAUAACCACACGUUUCAGUACCAAGGCAAAAAUAUGUAUCAUUCAGAAAACGAAAGUUAUCAGAGAGCCAUAAAUGCAUUAAAUUGUUUACAAAGCAACAAACAAGUUUUAGCUGAUCCGUCGUCGUGUCAAUUCGCUGAAUCAAAAAUUGCAACGGUCACUGGAUUUUUCUCCAAAUGCGGCCUUGAUGUCGAAUUCGUUGAGAAAAAUUUACCAGUAAUUCAUGUAGCAGGCACCAAAGGUAAAGGAUCAACUUGCGCGUAUUGUGAAUCGAUUCUGCGUCAAUAUGGAUAUAAAACUGGGUUCUAUUCAUCUCCUCAUCUGAUGAGUGUCAGAGAAACGAUUCGAAUAAAUGGACAACCAAUUAGUCGACAAAAAUUCAGCGAUUAUUUUUGGGAAAUAUAUAGGAAGCUGUGUUGCAGCGAUAAUCACAAUGAGGCGCCCAAAAUGCCACCUUAUUUUACAUUCUUAACGAUAAUGGCCUUCAAAGUAUUCGUUGAAGAAAAAGUAGACGUAGCUGUGAUUGAAGUCGGAAUAGGAGGCGAAUACGAUUGCACCAAUGUCUUAAAAAACACUCCAGUAGUUGGAAUCACUUCAAUAGAUUUUGAUCAUGUCAAACUACUCGGAAAUACGUUAGAAGAAAUCGCAUGGCAAAAAGCUGGCAUCAUGAAGCGUAAUUGUACUGCCAUUACGAUGUCAAAUCAGCCUGCAGCAGUCAUGAAAAUUCUGCGAGAAAAAGCCUCCGAAAGAAAUUGCACAUUAUUCGUAGCAGCAAACAUGGGUCCAUAUUUUGUAAUGAAUAGAAUCCGUCUAGGUAUCUGUAGCCCAGCUCAAGCCUUGAAUGCAUCUCUCGGUGCUCAACUUGCAAACGCUUGGAUGAACCCUCAGCUGUACAAAAAAGACUCCAUCAUGUCUUUUGCUCCGGUUUUAUCGCUGACUAAUGAGGUUUGUUCGGGUGUGAGCAGCUGUCAUUGGCCUGGAAGAACACAAAUAUUUCGUUACUCCGAUAAGUUGACCUUUUAUUUGGAUGGAGCCCAUACUUGUGAAAGUAUCAAAAAUUGCGUUCAAUGGUACUCGGAAAGUACCCCAAAACCAUCGAAAAGAGUCCUGGUUUUCAAUAUCACCGGUAAUAGAGAUCAUGAACCUUUAAUGGCUAACUUGAUUCGUAAUAACCAAUUCGACUACGCAUUUUUCUGUCCCAACGCAAUUGAUGUCAAAAAAACUGAUCAUUUAGAAUACCCUGCUCAAUACGAGAAUCGGAACGAAGACUUUGAACGAAGCAAACAAUACUGUUCAGAUUGGGUUAGAAUGAGCAAAUGUGAUGAGAGUAAUGUCAGAUCAUUUGAAAAUGUCAACGAUACUGUUGAACAUUUAAAAGAAAAUGUUGAAGAUUCCAACUUACAUGUUUUGAUCACUGGUUCGUUGCAUUUAGUAGCAGCUUUCCUCAAUGUAUUGAAUCCACAUCACGAUGCUCAGUUGUAGCCAACGAUAGUCCGGUAACUCAAAUGAUGCUUUUUAGUUAAUACCCGAACAGCAAAUAUCACCACAUAAAAUGUCUAUUCGCAAAACAUACAUCGAAAAAAGAACAAAUGCGACGAAAAAAAUACUUUAUUGAAAAAACACCGUGAAAUAAGGUAACUGCAUUUGAUAGCAAUGUUGAUAAACGAAAAGAAAAAAAUGAUUGCGAAACCGUUGACAAAAAAAAAAAUAAACAAACGAUUAAACUAUAGCAAAA